AUGCCUCUCGACGAAGAAGGUGCUAAGUGGUCCUGUGAACCAUGCAUUCGAGGACACCGAUCAUCAAAAUGUCAACACUUCGAUAGACUGAUGAUGAAGGUUCCUAAAGCUGGGCGCCCUCUUGCAAAAUGCCCCCACCCGAAAGGGACUUGCAGCUGCCAGAAAACAUAUGCUGUGAUGGUCCGCAUCCCGAAAGGUUCAUCAUGUUUAUGCCGACCGCUCUAUAAAGUUCCCAUGGAUGCCACCGAGCCAACUCAGUCUCCCCCAUCUUCCAUGGCUUCCACAUCGUCACCAGCAGGCAAGGUCCAAAAGUCUGGAAGAAGACAGAGCACCAUGCAAGCAGCACCUGAAAACAUAGCAAGGGCAUUGGAAAACAUGAGAGACAAUGUGAAGAUUGAGGACGGAACACCGAACUUGUUUCCGAACUUCCCCGCGCAACCAGGGCUUGAUGAUUCAUACACGUCUCCCAUUGCCUCGGCACAAAAUCGAACGACGCCCUCAUCUCAAGAGCAUAGCAGACCAAAAUCCCAGUCUCCCCAAGUGUCAAGCUGUUGUUCCCAAAAGCCCAAGGCGCCUAUCCCGGCCCCGGCUCCUGCAUCGGCUCAGAAUGGAGGAUCUUGCUGCGGAGGAUCUCGGCCUUCUACAACGAACCAAGCCGUGUACCCGGAGGCCGACUCGCAGCAACUUCAACAAUCUACUGCUUGGGAUGACCAGACAUACACACAAUUCUCAACUCCACAGAUGUCUUCGUGGCAAACCCCGACAAUCCCCACGCAUGAGAACUACAUGCACCCUAACUUGCCUAAAGCACAUCCUCAGCAACACACUUUCCAUACUGGGUACUUGGGCAUGUUACCGCCACAAUCCCAGGGAUCGAUGUUCCAGAUUGGGGUAUCGCCCAAUGUAACAUCACCCCCGCCCAUGGCGUAUUCAAACCCCAUGAAUGGUCUUGGAAUCACCGACCCUUCUAUGGGACAAUACAUGCUCGAUGACUCUGAGUCUUUCCCCACUGCACCACCUGGUGGCGACCCUUGUCACGAAUGUAGCUGUGGAGAAGACUGCCAAUGUCUUGGGUGUGCUGCUCAUCCUUUCAAUACCACCACACGGAAGCAUGUGCAAGAAAUGGGUGUCAUGAUCACAUCCAACGGCGACGAAAAGAAUCCUGAAAUCAUUAACCCUUACCAAGUCUCGCCUUACCAGGCGGUAGGCACACCUUCGACAUCAUUCCCUUACUUCAUGCACGCUACUCCUACAAUGGACCAUGGCUUCCAGCCGAUGUCAUUCGAUAGCUACUCGGAUCCCAAUUCCACCUUACCCAGCGGAUAUUCCUCUCCUCUGUCAUCAAAUCACCACAUGAAUCAACAAUUGAUGCACCCCUCGGAGUAUUAUACCCUGGAAUAUCCAGUUGGGCUACCAAGUGCCUGUUCGGACGUGACAGGCAGCUGCCAAUGCGGCAGCGACUGCAGUUGUGUCGGAUGUCUCACACAUAGCGGCCACAACGGACUCUCUUUGGACAUGCCUAUUCCAGAGCACCCGAUUGAAGAUACAGCGCAGCAACAGAACCAGAUGUCACGCCAUGUCUCGCAUCCAAGUUCCGCUACGUCUCCGCUCUCGCGUAUUCCCGUGCUGGACAAUGUAUCCGUGCCUUGUCUGAGCCCGCGCACCCUGGAGACUUCCAUGAUCUAG